CCUAGGGGACACUGGGACAGACGCGCCGAGCCCCUGCGCGUCCCCGACCUCGGCGGCUCGGCUCCCGAUCUCGCUGGCUGUCUCGCCGGACGCCGUCAGCCGUCGCUGUCUGCCUCGUCAUCGCUAGACGCCCAGGAACAGCCCCUGCCCGCCCCGCCCGCCCAGCGCUCGGCGCUACUGCGCUUCCCUAGCGCCCCUGCAAGCCGGCGCCGGCCGCCCAGUCCGCCCUCCACCGAUUCCGGCACUCGGCCGGCAGUAAGCCUUGAGCUCGAUUUGAGGACUGAAGGUGGCCCACUGGAUUAUUUGUUUCUAGCUCAGCCACUGCCUCAGAAUAGUUUAGGACCUGAGAAGUCCUUUACUCCAUUAGGCAAAACAAUGGAGGACUGUGCAGCCACCCCUGUUCGCCGCCCUGCCGACCCCUCUUCCCCAUCCCCAACCCCAUCUCCCUUAUCUCUGCGCCAGUGGCGCCCAGCGGCGCAGCGCAACCUGCGCAACCAGUGGUCGCGCCUGCUUGCCGCCAAGACCCGGUGGCUGGACGCCGCCGCCAGCGGCCGCUCCCAUGCCGCCACGCUCGUCAACGCCUACCUCUCCCGCAGUUACAUGCCAGGGAUGGAUUUGGGGGUGCUCAAGGACAUGCCCAGGAUCCGCGACAGGGCGAGCGCCAAAUUGACCCACAAGGAGGUGCAAUGCCGCGAGAUGCUUCUAUCAGCCUACAAGGAGAUGGUCUGUGCCAUGUCCGACUUGGUUAAAGCUUCUCAUGCCAUGCGGUGUUUCUCCAAAGUAUCUUCUGGUAGCCCACUAGUCCGAUUUACUGAUCGGCAGGAUGAUUUGAAUGAUUUAGGGGAUGGUGGAGGAGCUCCAGUAUACAGAUGGAUCUCCAUGUUAGAAUUUGAAAACCUCGCCAAAGAGCUUGUUGAGAUGUUUGUUUCAGAGCUACGAUUGAAGAGACUGAUUGUCUUGGACCUCCUGUCAAUUAACUUAAAAGAAGGUGCAGAUCCUUCAUUAGAAUGGUCAGAUGAGUUAUAUGACGGGGAAUUCAACGAAUUUCAGAGGAUUGGCCUGGGGUCUGGAGACAGCUUCCCACUACCUGAGAAUUGGAAGGCUGAUGUCUUACAGGCACGGCGACCUGGACAUACCCCAUCCCAUGAGGUUUUACAGGUUUAUUUAACCUCUUGGCUUGCUAAUGUGAACAUCAAGACGAGUAGUGCUGAUUUCAGGAUCUGCUGGGAAGACGUGGGAGAGAAAUCAAGCACAGUGUGGGCGAGUAUCCGAGUUUCUCCAUGUUCUCGUGGAAGUUAUAUAUGACAGGGAAUCUCCCUGGCCUUGUUUUGGGUGGUGCCGCCUCGCCCGUUUCCAGCAGCACUCUUCUUCUCCGGCCACAAAUUCGAAGCUAAAGAAAAUGCCAUUGCCAUGGAGGAGCAAUUCACUAGUGCUCGCCCAAGGUUCGAUGCUAGUAGUAGACAGGAGGAGCCCAGCUUAUUAUUGGCAGUAGCAUAUAUCAUGAUUGGCUGCAAGGAAGAGAGCAGAGGAGUCAGGAGGAGGACCCCAGAGCUCUGUUGAACGUGCCCAUGCAUGCUGCCCCGGACAAACGAAACGAUCCAGGAGCUUUGUCUGCCGCAUGCCCUUGCCCUGUUCCAUUCCACUCCAUUUAAAGAGGGAGAUGGAAAAAGAAACUGAACGUCCACAUGAGAUAUCACGUCCCUGUUCCCGGGCGGGACACUGGUCAACCAUGUGGCUCCU